AUGAAGUCGUUCCGUUUACAGUCCACUCUGGGACUUUUGUUCCGGCCCUGUGCGGCCACCCCAUUCACUUCUUAUAUCGCCCCGGGGCUCAGAGCGCAAGCGAGAUGGGCAUCAUCUAGCAGCAACCAGCAAAAACCGGAGCUCCCCCUCGUUCCGGCGCCGAUUCCAUUCGUUCCUGACGUCCAGACUUUCCUUACUGUCAUUGGCCGCGGCCUUAAGCAGCACGCCGAGAAGUUCCCCUCAUGGGAAGCGCUCUUUACCCUCACAUCCGAGCAACUCAGAGAACUUGGCAUCGAGCCACCGCGGACGAGGCGAUACCUGUUGAGGUGGAGGCAACGGUUCAGGGAGGGAAAGUUCGGCAUUGGCGGCGACUUUAAGUAUGUCCAGGAUGGUGUUGCGGAACUCAAGGUCCAGGAGGUCGAGAAGCGGCCGGCCGAGUAUAUCAGACAUGUCAUCAAUGUUCCCCCGGGCAAGGAAGUUGAGGAGCUCUUGCCUGAGGAGCAACACCGGGUUAAGGGAUUUAAGGUGAUUGGGACGAAGACCAUCUCUGGCCCGUACGCCCUUCCUAUGAGACGUGGUGGUGCCCGUGUUAAGGUGACCGAGGGCAUGUGGGAGGAUAGGAGAGGCCAUAAGGUUGAUGGUGGUGAGCGGAGACGUGCUGAGGUCCGUUUCAAGAGGCGGUUAGCGGAGCGCAGGGCUCUGCGCGAGGCACAGGGAUACUAUUAA